UUGAGCGUUUGUGACGGGCUGAUCCACUUGGCCAGGAAUCUAUUCCGGAGCCACCUGGGCCAGACUGCCUCGAAUUCCCACCUCCUGGAAAAUUCUAGCAGGCUGGCAGUUCUAGAUGCGCCAGUGUUUCUGAUGGGUGUCGCUGUGCUGGGGGCAGGGGCUCUCUCUGGGAUGCCACUUGUGUUGGUGCUUAAGCCUUCCCCUCCGAUGCCCUUCGGGGCAUGAUGCAGGUGAGAGAAGCCCCUUUUGCCCAGCCUUGGUCUCAUGCAGCCCUUCAGCAUCCCAGUUCAAAUUACACUCCAGGGCAGCCGGAGGCGCCAAGGGAGGACAGCCUUUUCUACCCCUGGGAAGAAGAGGCAUAGAGACUACAGUGAUGGAGAUCCACCAGAUGUGCACAGGAAGUUGCCGUCCAGUGCUGGGGAGGACAGAGCCAUGCUGCUGGGGUUUGUGAUGAUGGGUUUCUCGGUCCUAAUGUUCUUCCUGCUUGGCACAAAGAUCCUAAAGCCUUUCAUGCUCAGCACACAGAGAGAAGAAUCCAACUGCACGACCAUCCACACACAUAUCACGGAUGACUCGCUGGACUGUGCUUUCACCUGUGGCAUGGAUUGCCGAGGUCACGCGAAGUAUCCAUGUCUUCAGGUGUUUGUGAACCUCACUCACUCAGGUCAGAAAGCUCUCCUACACUAUAAUGAAGAGGCUGUCCAGUUAAAUUCCAAGUGCUUUUACACACCAAAGUGCCACCGAGAUAGGAACGAUUUACUCAGCAGUGUUCUGGACAUAAAGGAAUUCUUCGAUCACAAAAAUGGAACUUCUUUCUCAUGCUUCUACAGCCCAGACGGCCAAUCUGAAGAAGUCAUUCUUAUAAAAAAAUACGACCCAAUGGUCAUCUUUCACUGUUUAUUUUGGCCUUCACUGACUCUGCUAGGUGGUGCCCUGAUUGUUGGCAUGGUGAGACUGACACAGUACUUGUCCUUACUCUGUGAAAAAUACAGCACCACAGUCAGAGAUGAAGCAGGUGGCAAAGUACCCUCUAUGGGACAGCAUCGGUACAAACCGCGGAGUGCGGACAAGAGCAAAGGGAGAAACAGAGAAAUCUUAAGAUAAUGGCCAAAUCAAGGUGCUGGCCUCGGACACUGUAAUUUCUGCAGUGGGAAACCUAAUUAUGCCUGCUUGCAAACUAGCCAUAUAAAGAGUAAUGUUAUUAUCAUAUUUUCAUGUGGGAAACUUUUUAUUUCAUUUUUGGUACCAGGAAUCAAACUCAGGACCUCGUGCUUACCAGGCAGGUGUUGUGCCACUGAGCUUUAUCCCUGGCCCUGGGAAACAUUUUUUAUAAGCCUCUUUCUGUAUUCUACAAAUAUGUACAAACUCAGGUACCAUCUUUUCUAUUCCAAAUCUCAUUCAACACAAGCCACCCCACAGGCAAGAUGAGCUCAAGGUAGUUACUGGUUUAAUUUUAGCUCUAGCUAGAACCUGUCAGCACGAAAACCAAUGAUGAUAAAGGUAUCUACCCUGCUGAGCACUCAACUAGCAGCCUAACUGUAGGCGGUAGAUGGAACGUGAAAACGCUUCUCAUGAAGCAAGUCCUUAGUAAAGAACAAUUAUUACAAGAACGUAACAAUUAGAACAUUUAAGAAAAUGUAGACCUAGCACAUUUAUUAGUUUGUUCUUUCUUCGCCAUUCAUAAUAAAAGAGAAAAGCCGCUGCCUAGAAAAUUCAGCAAAUUUGUAGUGAUGUGUAAUUAGCUUUGCCAUGGGCCAUGUCAUUUUUCUCUCAAUAUUUUUCUCAUUAAUUAUGCUUUUCACAAGCUCACUUCAUUCUGUGCACAUUCUGGUAGGAGUAGAAGCACUGAUUAGAAAUGUGAAGUAAGGAAAAGCUGUACGGGAUUUCAAUAUGGACUUCAGAGAAUCUGCAUUAUAGAAUAGUCCAAUGGACGGUCAAAAAUUGUCUGUACUUUAAUGAAUGAAUCAACUGUGGUUAUUAAAUGUUGUUACAAGACCCAACAAGUACUUUUCAGAUUAAGCUGAAAAUAUGAGUUGAAAACAGUUUGUUCUCAUUUUCCAAUGUACCUCAGUAUCUUAAAAUUUUUACGAAGAAGCUGGGCACAGUGGUGUUUGUGUGUAAUCCCAGGGAUCUGGGAGCUUAAGAUAGGAAAAUCAUGAGUUCUGAGUCAAGCAUGGGCAACUCAGCAAGACUCCAUCUCAAAAAGAAUGAGCAAAUACACACAUGCAGGCAGGCUGGGGAUGCAGCUCACAUUGAACACCAUGGGUUCCCUCUCUAGUACCAGAAAACAAAAACAAAAACAACUUGGACAAUGCAAUGACUUUUGAAGUAGUCAUAAUCAUGUAGAGAUAGUCAAAUGACAAAUUUUGAUUCUAAGUCAGACUAAUGUCUUUUAGUAAUUAAUUUCAAACCAUAAAUUAGUAAACUGAAUAUUAAGUAGAACAAUACUGACCAGUUAUGAACAACAUUGGUCUCCCACUCUUUCUAGUGUGCAAAGAGCACAUCUCAAAGCAGAUUCAUUUUAAUUUGUAGGCCAUAAUUACAAGUUUUUAGACACACACCCUUGGGCAAAUCAGCUAACCUGUCAAAACCUCUCUUUUCUUAUCUAUACCAUGGGGAUAGUCUCUUCUUCAAUUAUUUUAAAGCACAAGGUGGGGUAAAUGAAACACCUACGUUAGUUUCUGAUUUCUAGUAGAGGUGCUCAAAAAUUCUAGUAGCUUAAAAAAAAUCUUGCGCAGAGCUGCAGCGGUCAGCUUUGGAACUUUUCACAGAAACCAGCAGGUAGGGAGCCUGGGAUAGGGCGGUGGAAGAGCACACUCUGCUCCCCCGCAAUGCUCUCGGCUAAAUGUGAUAUACAUUUAUGGCUCAGAAUUUGCUGUAGUGAUUUACUACAUGUUGUAGUGAAUUAUUUCGUAUGCUAAAGAUUUUCCUGUAAUAAAAUAUAUGUAUGCAUGUAUAUUUUAAAUCAUUCUGCAAGUGGAGAUUCUGUAGUUUCUUAAAUUAAGGGCACAUUUCUAUUUCUUAGUGUAUCUUAGCAAUGUGACUUUUCUCCUAACAAAUGCAAGCUGAAGUAUAUGCUGCAAUUGCUUUCAAUUUUCAGAUAGUGGCUACUUGGUCUAUCUCAGAAAAGAAAUUAUACUCAGGGAACAAUGUCAAUUUAAAGUUCAAAUCUUUGGCAUAUCAAUAACAUUUAACCGAUGAUAUGCUUAAAUGCUCAGAAGCACUAAGUAUCAAAGCCAAUGUGAAUUACUGGUCAAAGAAAGGUCCAGACUUACCUUUAGCAAUGUUUAAUGAUAACUGAAAGCAAAAUUAGUUUGCAUCUAGCCUAACUUCCUUUUUAUGCUUUGGCCUUCAUCUGACUUGAAAAAAGAAUACUAUGUACUUAUAUGCAUAUAUACAGACAUACAUAUAAUCUCUGCUUAAAAUACAAGUGUAUAAUUCUUUAUGCUUAAAAGAAGUUAGUAUCUAAACAUACAUUUCUCUAAUAUUCAUUAUUUUACCAGGGCAGCAAAACUGGCUUUUAAGACAUAAUUGUUCUAGGUUUUCAAACAAGUAUUCUUAGUCCUUAUUGAAAAGAACUCAAAUUCAGUUAAAUUUUGAUUAUUAGCAAUACUAGUUUGCUUCUCUAGACAUGGCAAAAUAGAACGAUCACAGCUUUUUGUUUACAUAAUACACUAAGGAUCGUCUGGACACAAGUCAGGGUAAUUUUUUUUUAAUAAACAGCGUGAUGUUACAGACUGCAAAGUUAAAGGAAAGCAGACAUUGACAGGUUCUAAUGAGCACAAACAAACAUAAGUGCAGUCACAGGCCAAACUUCUCGCUAGGAAUAGCAGGGCUGCGAAUCUUAAAUUUAGUGCUAUUCUAUAUUCUCAAUAUAGUAACACAUGCAUCUUGCUGUGUCAAAUACUUUUUGGGCCAUCAUAAAGAAGAUAUCAAAAACAUUUUUUUCUUAACUAAUGCACUAUACCGCAGGACUUCAAUUCAUUGAAUGAGCAGAAUAUAGAGAAACAGACUUGCUACAAUUAAUGGGGCUAAAGAAAACCGUGAUUAGCACUCCUUGAAGCUUCUAAAAUAAACAGUUGAUAUGUCAGCAGUCUUUUGGUAGCAUUACAUUCCCCAGGAUGUGAAGGUGUUAGGUACCAAAGGGUAUUUCUUUUGGAUUUUAUUUAACCAAAUUAAGUCUGAAGACUGAAUCACACUGAAACCAUUAAACUACAUACAAAAUGUCAGCUCCAGCUCAGCUCCAUAGCCAAAAAAAUUUCUAGAAAUCUGAUAAAUGCCAAGUUCUCCAACUACUCUUAGAAAAUAAAUUAAAUCUGGUAAGGGACUUUUUAAAAAUGAAAUCAAUAGAUGAUGACCACACUUAGAAAUUCAUACAAGAAUUAAGAAGUUUAGUUGUAUUAAAAUAAUGUGAAACACUGAAGGGUUUUUGUCUCCUUGCCAACCUAGAAGGAGCAACAAAAAUAAGAAUACCUAAAAGUAUACAUGGUUUUGUCACAAAGUUAUUGCAGUGACAGAUUAAAUGAGACUGCAGAUUGCUGGACUUCACUUGGCUUACAACAUGUAUCUAAAAGCUUUUUCUGUACUUACCAACAUGAAGAAUGGAUUUAGUUCGCAAUGAAAAUUCAAUUACACGGAACUAUACUAUAAUACAUACAAGAAACUAAUUUUUACCCCCAUCCCGCCCUAAAACUCAUAUGUAGUUGUGUAAAAAUUACAAAUCAGAAAAUAUCCUUAUGGCUCACACCUGCCACUUUCUGCUAACUAAUGUGGCUAAACUAUUAACACACCUAAAACUAAGUGAAAGGAAUAGUGCCGCACUAAUAAAAAGGAAGUGCAAAACUUUAAUCAAGUGGAACACUUGAAUGAAAUAAAUAAGUUUUAUUUAAAGACUAACAUCCCAACUUGGGAGACUCUGGAUGAAUUCUAAACUCUUCUGAAUUUUAGAACUUUAAUAUUUGCUUACCCUUUUAUAAAAGACUCCUCUUGACUAGAGCUUGCAAUAUGUGCACAAAUAGAAAUGUAUGUAGAAACACACAAAACACACUAAUAGCGAACACUAAUAGGGAACGAAAUGGACUUUAAAUGCUAGUGCUAUGAACUUCCUCACACUACACUACAACCUUCUCCAAAGGGCUCUAGCAAUGAGUAAAUUUCAGCCAAAAAAUUGUAAUAAUGUCUCCAGCACCAUUGAAAGGAUAUGCCCACUCUGACUUUGUAAAUCCAAAAUACAGUGCUGUGAAAAAUUUCUGUAAUGUAAGAGCCUGAAGUACUGAAUUGUAACUCAUCUGUUUUCCCUGCUCUAAUCUUCUGAGGUACAGUGACCAAGCCAAUGUUAUUGGGACCAUAUUUACCUUGAGUAUAGUCUUUUCAGAGGGUGGAAAUAAUUUUUAUGACAAAAGAAAACAACCUUCCCAGAUCAUGGCACAUGAGAUAUAUUUACAAUUUUAAUGUAUUAAUUAAAAUGGCUUUGUUUGUACUUAAAAAAAAAAAAAAACAGCUCAGCUGUAAUAUCCUUUCAUCCAGAAUUAUUAUUUGAGGAUGCUGUCAGCACUGAGUUUUAUAGUUCAGCCUUCACAACCAUCCUCGAUGAAGAGUUCUUUGCCUCCUGGUAUGCACAAUGUAUUUCCACACUUUCCAGCCUUCUCCUAGACAUGCCCCAUAUGAGAAGGAUGGAUAUAAAGAAUGCAAUUUAUUUAAACAACUCCUCCCUGUUCUCUCCCCUCCCUUCACACUCCCUUAAUUCAAAAACAUCUGAAGUAUGAAAGUUGUCUUAAAUAGAAGCACCACCAUUAACACCAUAUACUGUUUUAAAACGGAAUUACUUUAGCGGUACCUUGGACAUCAAAAUAAUUUUUAAGGUGGACUUCAAGUCUGUGGGUCCAGCCCAGGUUUACAGUUUGCAUAGACACAGAAAAGGAACUUACAGCAUUCAGGAAAAGUUCUCAAACUAGCUUGAACAAAUUGCUAGAAAUUAAAUUUCUUCCAAGAAUGGGAAAGCAUGGGCUAUUGAUCAAAAUAUAAAUUAAAUGGAUUUACAAAAUCAUUUAUGUAAAAAAACAAAUCCGAGUUUAUGUGCUGUGAAAUUUCCAUCAUGCCUUUAAGACAGGCUACUUGCAAUUUUUUUUAAUAAUGCCAAAUCAGUCAUAUUUUGAUAGAAAAAGAACACAGAUGGACUGUAUUUUACUCUAUGCAAAAAUCCACCCAUUUAAAAUAAAAUCCAAGAGGGUAUACACAAUCUAAUCAAACCAUCAUUUUCUGAUUAAUAAGAACUACACUUUACACAAAAUACUUUAUCAGCAGCUGUUUUCAUCAAAAUACCAAUAGUCAUAGUUUCACAGUUGAAAGUUACACAUUAAAAUAUUUUACAAUUCAUUAUAUAUUCACCAGUUUCCCAUUUCCUAAUGGGAUUGUAAUAUAAAGUAGAAUAAAGGGAAAACCUUAAUUACUCUGACACUAAGUUUUACACAGGACACUCAGAACCAGAAAAAGCUUAGGUUCUAUCAUAAAAUACCAACCAAAUUCCAUUCUUCUUUUAAAAAAUCCAAUUAGAAACAUCUUUUUUUAAAAAAACCAAAUUCCACAAUCAUAUUAACAGAUUUCAAAUUAACAGGAGUCUAGAAAUAUGCAAAAUAAAUGUUUUCAUAUAGCUGAGAAUAUGGUAAAAAGUAUGAUUUUCAAACAGUUGACUAUUUCUUGCUACACUGUAUUUAAAGCUAGGCUUUUUUCUUUAGAUAUGAUUUUUCCCUCCAAACUAAUUACUGAAGGAAUGUUUCUCAAGUAAUGAAACUAUAGAGCCAAUAGUCAAUUACAUCAUGGUUGAUGACAAACGUGGUCAGCUAUAGCAACUGACCUCCGAUACGCAAGUACCUGGAAGUGGCUGUAUCAUCACAGACUUGAAACAGAUCUUAGUCAUCCCUGUGUAGCUUUCCACUCAAUUUUUGGUCUUUGCCUUUCUGAACAUUACCUGUCCUCCUUUGUUUCUUAGGUCACUUAAUCUAUAUUUUUUAUUCUCUAAAUCAAAUUAAUUUGGUUGUAAUAACUUAAAAAUAAACGUAAGUAAUGAAAUCAGCUAUGUGGCUUGUGUGUUUUAAUGGUGAAGAGGUCCUGGGGUAACAGAAAGUGGCCAACUACCUGAGCUGAUGUGAAAAAAGUGCGAAAACUGUACAGAUUUUGUGCACGGAGGCUCAAGGCUUUUUUGGCACUCGAGUAAAACGCAGUUCUCUAUUACUUCUUCAGUUUCCACCAUCAGAGUUUCAGAUUUGUACCAUUUCACUGAGUUUUCUCAUAAUCAAUCCCUGAUGAAGAAAAGGCUGGGAUGUUAGUAUACUGCAUAUAUCUAAAUAACACAAAAUGUUAAUUUUUUU